AUGCCCAGUGAUCCUGAAGAAGAUUACAUACCUUGGAUACAGCAAUACUGUGAACUAUUUGGCCACGACUAUUUUGUGCAGGUAGCACAAGAUUUUAUUGAAGAUGAUUUCAACUUGACCGGGUUAUCCCAGCAGGUUCCAUACUAUAGAGAAGCAUUAUACACCAUAUUGGAUUAUCAAGUGGAAACAGCCGAAGAUCAUAAUAAUGACGAGUCACGAAGCAAAAGAAACCCUACAGAAUUACCAAAUAAAGCAUUAUUGGCUCAUUCCGCUGAAUUACUAUACGGUUUAAUACAUGCGAGAUACAUAGUGUCCAAACAAGGUCUAACCGCCAUGGCAUCUAAAUUUGAAAGAAAUGAUUUUGGUUCCUGUCCAAGAUACUUUUGUGAUGGUAUGCAUUUGAUUCCUGUUGGUUCAACAGAUGUUCCAGGACAGGAAACAGUAAGAUUGUUCUGUCCUUGUUGUAACGAUAUUUAUAUUCCUUCCAGUUCGAGAUACUUGAAUAUUGAUGGGGCUUUCUUUGGUACAACGUUUCCAGGUUUGCUUGUGAAGAUGUUCCCAGAAAUUGAGAAUCAAUGCAGAAUAAGAAUAAACAAGUUUAGUCAGAAUGAUUUCGGGUUGAAAUUGUUUGGAUUCAAGAUUAAUGAACUAAGUGCUACUGGACCUAGAAUGAAGUGGCUAAGAAUGCAUCCAAAGACCGAAGAGGAAAAACAAGAAUACAACUCGUGUGAGUAUAAUGUACCUAUUAGCUAUUUAGAAGAAGAUGAAGAUAUGGAUGACGACGAUGAAGAGGAGGAGGACGACGACGAAGAGGAUGAUGAUGAUGAUGAUAGAACUAUGGCAAGUGAAUAA